GAUGCAGACGAGCCUCUGGACCUCAUCGGCAAAGGGUCCUUCGGUAAAAUCCGAAGGGUUCGGCGAAAAAGCGAUGGCAAGAUCUUCGCUCGCAAAGAGCUCGAGUACGAAAAGAUGGGAGAGCAGGACAAGAAGCAGCUGGUGGCAGAGGUGAACAUUUUGCGAGUGAUGAGCCACGCAAAUAUCGUGAAGUACGAGGAUCGCUUCGUAGACGUCGACGACAAGAUUCUAUACAUUAUCAUGGAAUAUUGCGAUGGCGGCGACUUGGGAGGCCUGAUCAAAAAGUGCCGCAAGACAAACACACUGCUGCCGGAGGAGACAGUCUGGUCUUACUUAGCGCAGAUGACAUCGGGCCUGCAUGCCUGCCACAAUCGCAUGGUCCAGCCUGAGGAGCCGAGCACUGGGCUUCCAAGCGCGCAUUCAACCUCAAACAUCGUCACCCAACGCUCCGUCAUCCUACAUCGUGAUCUAAAACCGGAGAACGUCUUCCUGGAUGGGGAUCAGCGCGUCAAGCUCGGAGAUUUUGGGCUAUCAAAGGAGAUGCAGACAGAUUUCACCGCCACGUACGUUGGUACACCUUAUUAUAUGUCGCCUGAGUUAUCAGAGGGCAAAAGGUAUGACACCAAGAGUGAUAUUUGGGCUCUAGGCUGCAUUGCCUACGAGCUGUGCGCACUUAGUCCACCUUUCGACGCAAAGACUCAAGAAGAGCUGACGCGCAAGAUCAGACUGGGCAAAGUGCCGCGACUGCCCACAGCAUACUCCGAGGGCCUGGGCCAUAUCAUCAACUCCAUGCUCCAACUGGAGCCACGCAGACGGCCAUCCACGACCGACAUGCUCGCACACCCCAUGGUCGAAGUGCAGUUGCGCUCAUUGGAGCUGCUGGACAUGUGA